AUGGCCGAAAGCAUUCAGAAUGGCGUUUUUCGGCGCAACAACACUGUGCCUCCAGCAGAUAAUGGAGUAAUGGCACUCUUCUCUCUAGCAGGCAAGACAGCGAUAAUCUCAGGUGCGGGGGGAGGAAUUGGCCUGGCUGCGGCCAAAGCCUACGCUGAAGCGGGUGCCAAUGUGGCCAUUUGGUACAAUACAAAUAGCGAGACCAUCGAGAAGGCUGCUAGCAUUGAGAAAGCCUUCAAUGUCAAAUGCAGAGCAUAUAAAGUAGACGUCACAUCAUGUGAUGAAGUGGAAGCGGCGGUAGACACAGUUGUCAAAGAAUUCGGUGGACGUCUCGACAUAUUCGUCGCUAAUUCGGGUACUUCCUGGGGAGAUGAGGCAUUCAUUGAUGCGGACAUUAGCAGAUACCACAAUCUCAUGAAGAUCAAUGCUGAUGGUGUCGUUUAUUGCGCACGCGCUGCUGGCAAGCACUUUCGCCGCCAGAAAGUAGAGGGCACAACAACAGAUGGAUCAAAAUUAACCAAUUACUCAAGCGGCAGCUUCAUUGCAACCGCGAGCAUGUCAGGGCGCAUUGUUAACAUCCCUCGGCGUCAGGCUGCAUACAAUGCCUCUAAAGCGCACGUUAUUCAUUUAUGCAAAUCCCUUGCGAUUGAAUGGCUUGGGUUCGCUCGCGUCAACAGCGUAUCUCCUGGAUAUGUACGCACUGGCCUAUCAGGGACAGUAGCUGAGGAGACUAUGAACUCCAUCAAAGAUAAAAUCCCAAUGGGGCGUUUUGGCGAGACCGUUGAGAUGCAGGGCAUCUAUCUUUAUUUAGCCUCUGAUGCUUCCUCUUACGCAACUGGGGCCGAUUUUAUCGUCGACGGUGGUUAUUCCGCUCCAUAA